AGCAAGGAUGCUCUCUUAUGUGUCCCUUAUUCACACUUCGUGUGAUUUUUUGUACUCUCCCGCUGCUUUCCGUCCCAGUCCAUUGCCAGUGCACCAAAACUCCCAUCAUCUUCAACUUCGGCGACUCUAAUUCGGACACCGGCGGCUUUGCAGAUGGUCUAGGACUCAACUUUGCACCUCCAAACGGGCGUACGUAUUUCCAUCAACCGGCAGGUCGUCUUUCCGAUGGACGAUUGAUGAUAGAUUUCCUCUGUGAAAGCUUGAAUACUAGUGAUUUGACUCCAUAUCUGGAUUCUUUGGGGCCAAAUUUUAGCAACGGAGCCAAUUUUGCAAUUAGUGGUUCAGCCACCCUGCCUAGGUUUGUCCCUUUUAGUUUGGGCGUCCAAGUUUCUCAGUUCCUUCGCUUUCGCGCUCGCUCCCCAGCACUCAUGUCUAAAGGCUACAAAGAUUUGGUUGGUGAUGGGGACUUCCAAAAUGCACUUUAUACAAUUGAUAUUGGACAGAAUGAUCUAGCUGGAUCCUUUGAUUACCUUACCUACGCACAAGUCGUUGACAAAAUUCCUUCUUUCAUCACUGAAAUCAAAUAUGCUAUUUGGAAUAUAUAUCAAAGUGGUGGGAAAAAUUUCUGGGUACACAACACGGGGCCACUCGGAUGUUUGCCCCAAAAACUUGCUCUGCAUGGCCAAAACGCUAGUGAACUUGAUGAGCAUGGCUGCCUCCACCCUCUCAACAAUGCUGCAAAAGCAUUUAAUGCACAAUUGCGGGCUUUAUGUGAACAACUGAGACCUCAACUGAUAAAUGCCACCAUUGUCUAUGUCGACCUAUUUUCCAUCAAGUAUGAUCUCAUUGCCAAUGCCCCUAAUUACGGCUUUCAAAAUCCAUUAAUGGCGUGUUGUGGCAAUGGGGGGCCGCCGUACAACUACAAUGCCAAUAUCAAUUGUGGCCGGACUGGCCACACUGUCUGCAAUGAAGGAUCUCAGUUCAUAAGCUGGGAUGGAGUUCACUACACAGAAGCUGCCAAUGCCGUUUUCGCUGCCAAAAUUCUCUCUACUAAUUACUCCAGUCCUGAAGUUAAUUUUAACUUCUUCUGUAACAAAAUGUGAAUUCUAUACCUACAAGAGAAAAGAAAGAAAUUUAGUGUUAAAU